CACCGCCCACCUGUUCUCUGGCCCAGUGUGGCAGAGAGGCAGAGAGCUAACCUUCUUCUUGCUUGCUUUGAAUUUACUGUACGUACGUAGUUCUUGCCGGUCCCUGCCUCCUCAUCUCCCCAUUUUGGCAUCUGUAGUGUUCAUGUCGGUCGCCGUUCCGUUGUCUUCUCCACUGUCUUUGAUAUUCCUCUAACCGUCAGCCAAACGUGGUCAACACAAUCCCUCAUGCAAGCCCCCAAGCAGCCUCGCCCUGCCCUAGGGGUAGUCUAAAUGGGCCCCUCGGUAGUCUUCGUCCUAUCUUUCCAUCUCUUGCCAAGUGGUUUCCGCAUGUGGUUCAAAGGCUAGAUUCACGUCCUUCAUUCGUCAAAUACGAUUAAGAAGGUUCUGCAUGCCGGAUUCCUUGACCCGGAUUUUCGCACCCGUUCAUGAUAAAGUGUGUAGACAAUCUAGCUGAAGUCUGCUGAAGUCUUUUCAUCCAAUAACAUUGUUUCCACCCGAUAUAUCCAGGCAAGCAAACCGGCCGCAGUCAAUGCUGCAAAGCCUCAACGUUUCGAACAGAACAAGACAAAGGCCCCCCAAAUUUCUGACCUCGGCGACUUAAGGAUCCGCUCAUUGACCUGAUAUGGCGGAUGUUUAAGACGAGGGUCACGAUACAUCUAGGUUCACCUCUCUGUUUCGACCGUUUCCGAUCACGUCAAAGCAUUCCCAGACUUCGAUCCCACCCCACCUACAUCCCUCCCAAGCUCCACUACCCGCAGACACUCAAAGACUCGAAUAACCCUCAAAGCUAGACCCCGGAAGUUGAUCUGAACCGAGUCCACAAAUCAAGCCAGGCCAAAUCAAGACUCCGGAUCAUCGACGGACCUGAAACAAGACAGUUCGAUCAUAUAGGUUUCCUGUAUACUUGUACCGUCCACCCAUAUUUCUUUCUUUAGUAAGUCCCGGACGACCAGUGCUGGAUUCUGGAAGCCACAUCUAAUCUAGACGACCUCCAACAUUCAUCGACUGUUUAGAUCUGGAGCUGGCUACUUUGGACUGUACUCUCGAGGAAAAUACAAUUUACGGAAUUGGAGUCAAUACCCUCAACAAACUUGGGUGGCAAGGAACAUUAAGAAAGUCUAAGAUUGUUAUAGAGAGAGAGUCAUCGCCAUGGACGUGACUUCGUUAUUGAACGCAGGCUCUCUGGCUGUAGAGCAGAAGAGAUUGGAAGGUUUGAGAAUUGGGCGCAGUCGAACACCAUGGGACGCAGGGGGAUACUCACUACCAAUAACUACAAAGACACCAAUUUCGCCGCCUAAUCAACCACACCAAGACAAUUAUUUCGAUGAGCGACCAAUGGAUGCACCGAGUUCGCCUAGACACAAACUCUCUGACAGUCGAAGCAGUCUCUCAUCUUUCGCGUCUUCGAUACAAUCUACCACACACUCGAGGUUUUCCUCCAUGUCUACAGCCAGUGGUUCACAUUCCCUGAACACAAUCACAGGCGAACUCAUUUCUCCAAAAACAAUGACGAUGGAGCUGGCGAGUCCGUCUGUGACGAAGCCUCCGGAAGUAAUGGCGCUCGAUUCGCGACCAAAAGACGCAGGAAUAGACGAAGCUUGUGAGAUACUGGCGCCCAUCGCAGAGAAUCGACUUUCUCCAGAGGACUCAACGGAAGAACCAAAUAAAGCUCACCUCGGUUACCCACGUCUCUCGUCCCCAAGCGAUGCGAUCCUCAUCAAGCGGGCCUCAGUCCCGUCUCUACGGUUGGACACUCGCGAAGGCUCGUCCUCGGUGACGCCUCAACAAUUGUAAGCAAGCCCUUUUCCAUCAAUGACAUGUUUCUCCAUAAGCACCCGAGUUGUUUCCGCCCAAAAUGGGUCCUUUUUUUGUCAAAAAAGUUCAAUACUUCUGGCAUGAAACGCGACCAGUGGACGCGAAAUGCGCGCAGAAUCCACAGGAUUCCGCAUUCGUCUUGUCCACUGUAUUGCCACCAAAAGAGCGAAAAUGCUACUGAAAAUCUGGGACUCGCCAAGUCUCCAAGCCUUUGACAGCGGCUAUCAUAAACACAAACGACUUUGCUUGAGUAUGGUGAUUGGGACGAGAGAUAAACGCUCCGGUAUUUUGAAGAAGGGGAUAGCCUAUGAAUUACAAGGCAACUUGGAACCAUACACUGGUAGCUAGCCCAAAACUUCUUCAAGGUACCAGAGUUGUGAAUAGCCCCUAGGUUCUUCCUAGUCAAAUAUUGGGAUUUGGCGAUCUGGAAUUAGCUGGCAAAUCUUUUCCUUGCCAGAACUCCAUUUCUCCAAAUCAUCCAAAAUACUAAGAGGCUUUGGGACACGGGAUGAAGUGUUUUUUGUUUUGCUGUUAUGAAUUUGACCUUUUUCUAUUGCAACUUGCAAAUGCUACUCAAAUUCUUCUUCGCUAUAUCCACUAGGAAUAUUUCCAUCAUCAACAUAGUCUUGCAGCUGUAGCAUGGUUACGUUGGUGGGUGGGAAGACUCGCCAAGGUUUAGCCGAGGGUGUCAAUAAGGGAUCGUCUUUGGCAAUGUGAAGAGACAUUUGACAGCUUGAUUCCAACUGAAAUCGCUAUGAUAUGUUGAAAACGAUGAGUGGUUAAUAUCAAUAUCAGCUGCAUGUAUCGUUAUGCAGUUGCGAUUGAUACUAUUCAAAACCAUCCAACGUAGUUGAGUCAGGGAAUAUAUCGCUUCCUUCAAGGCCAUUGAAGAGGGCGAAGUGGACCUACGCAUACACGUGUCUUGUGCUCUGCUUAGAUUUGACAGCCAGUAACGUUAUUUUCUGGUCAACUGUUUUGGUGAAUCUAAACGACAGAUGUGCCUUGUCUGGCUCUUGACCCUGGCUGAUUGUCGGUUCAACCUUCCUAUAUUGCAUCAAGCUAUUCAGCCAGCUGAAAAAUUGUUUUAUUUGCUUCUAUCUCUUUCCCACAUGGGUACACUUGUUUUUGCACCUCAACCAAGGCAAUCUCAAUCUCCUGUCACGUCAUCGCAACCACGCAGUCCCAUCGCAAUACAUCUGCGCAACAAGGUGUAAGCAUUUCUUCCAACAGCCGUUCUCUAAACACAAAUAUGUCUGGCAACGCUAUCUUCUCUUUUCCUUGGUCUGAAUCAGGUUUUGCCAACUUCAUCUUCGAGGGCAUACCUUGGUAGCUCUUCUGGAACGUUGUCUACUCUCUCGCUCGUGGGCCACUCCGUCCCUCGAUAGAGAAGUCUGAAGCUUGAGAUGCCUAGUCUACUACAGUUGCAGUCGAGUCAAGGCUUAUUGCUAUUUUCUCUUUCCAGUCGUUUUUGAAUUUGGCAGUGAAUUGGAUCUUAUCUACUCUUGAGUGAGGGUUUGAUGAUUCACAAGUUCCUGUAUGAUUCACAAUGGGCUCGUCAUAUAAGAUCUCGCCACCUAGCUUUUCUCCACUAUCUCUACCUUCAACCAUACCAUCUCUUCUUCAAACCAAGUCGCGAACAAGCUAAUGAUCGCUUCAGACACAGCCAGUACCUCAGCGCACCCCCCGAAAGCCAUUAUCAAUCGCUCAUCCAUAAAAGCUCCCACAAGCGCAGUGCAUCGGCACCUAACAUCAAAGCAAUUAUGAGCGACUACCGAAGCGAACAAGCGGUCUCGGGGCAUGCAACUCCUUCCUCGUACCAUGAGCAUGCGUCUACGCACAGCCCUCAACCUCAAACCGCUCCUGGGACACCGCCUAUGGCGCCGGAGAUGGGUGAGGCAAAGGAUGUUGUCUGCAUGUAUAUUCCAAACUGCGAUACUGGUUCACAACUGCGAAAAGCCAUCUCACACAUCUUCGGUCGCAAUAAGAUGUGCACCCGUUUGAUCCCUCAACAUGUCUGGGUACACUACUGCCGAAAGCACUAUCAACGUUCCCGAUAUCGCAAUCCCAAGGAGUAUGCCAAGCUCCAGUGUGACCUGGUUCAACAACAGAUCCGACGGGUUCACGAUUGGUCUAUGAAUAACCUCAAGAAUGAUCUGCCCGGAACUGUUCAGAAUUGGGGACUAGCUGUCAGAAAGAGAGAGCAAAUGCGGCUAGACAACAUCAGUAGCGGAAAGAGAAAGAGAAGUGCUAGCACCGCGGGAUUUGAAGAUAGUGACGGCGACGGAGACGUGCCUGGCAAUGGUCAUCCUGUUCCACCCACCGCUGUUCCAAACUGGCUGCUUGAGAAGUGUGGAAAAGGCUACAACACACAUGGCAUUCUUGAGAUCUUCAAUCGUCUGCAUACCGACAUUCUAAAUGACUCCUUGACCUGCUUCCCCGAUAUCGAGAUUUUGCCAAACAUCAUCAUUGAUACAGCGGAGGAGCCAAAGUCGCCAAAGGGAUACGCAAAGAGGACAGUCAGCGGGCACAAGCGCUCACAAUCUCUCGGCGUUGCUGCAAAGACAGACUACAGCUAUUCUCCCGGUGCUCGCCGUACAAGCAACCCGUCCAUCUGGGGAGGAGUUGAGAAUCCCAAUCAAAAGCGUCGUCGGGCAAACGAGAUGGAAAAUGCGUCACCACUCAAUGCAUUUGGCGCACCGCGGUCUAUGCGUCUUGCUCACCGACCUGUCUUCCACGGAAUCGAAGAGCAUCAAAUGAACGAGGGAGCAUAUACACACAACCACAUUCCAGAGCAACACGUCUACCAAUCUCCUCUCCCAGCUCCAACUCCUCAAAGAUGGGGUAGCCAGUCUAUGGCUCAUCGCCUGGAGAAUGAGCAUGCAGGUGUCCACCGAAGCCAUAGCCGAUCUCGAUCCGAUGCAGGAUUGAUGCGAGGCUCCCCGUUCCCAGCUUCCUACUCUCCAAGCAUGCAACAUCAACAUCCUGGUGAACAAUACAGACCCAGCCCAUAUGAGCAGGUUGCCGCUCAACAAGCUGCUCACCAACAUGCUCAGCAGCAACAACAACAGGCUCAGCAACAACAGCAGUAUGGCGGUUACUCGAGACAAGGCUCCCACCAACCUGAGAUGUUUGGCCACCACACUCCUACCAUGCGCCACGUUCGCCACCAAAGCUCUCCCAUGAUACACCCUCAAUUCCAGAAUGGGAUGCGGGAUCCACGUAUGAUGAACCAAUAUGUCCAAGGGCAUUCAAAUACACUUCCUCCGGUUAGCGAUGGUCCUCAACAACCACAGCUUCAUCAAUCCCAUUCUUAUGAGGGAGUCCCACAAAUGCGUAAUCCCUUUCCUGGGCACCGUUAAGUGGGAACGUCUCAGCAUUCUUUGAUUUUGCUUCUCGACACAUUGAUUCUGCGGUAUUUUCUUGCGAUGAAUUUCUAGCCUCAGCAUACAAUAAUACAUCUUUGUCUCAAUCUCUUAGCGGUGGCUGUAGGCACGAUUCGAUUAUCGCCGAGCCUCCCAAAUCCCCAAGGCACAAUCAAUACAACUACCAAUCCACCAGCCAUGUCAUAUUCUUGUAAAUAUCUUAUUUCCUUGAUUCUUCAGCAGCCAACUUCGAUUUGUUCCUCCCUGGGGGGAACCUUGGCGCCAACAUGACUUGUCGUCAACUUCACUGUAGUGAUCUACUUUUGACACUACAGGACAGAUUGGCUUUGCUCCUUCUCAUUUCAAAACGCAAUUGCUCUUCAAUACAGUUGCAUUCUCGCAAUGACUACGAAAAUACGAACGUUCACGAAAACGCCUUCGUCAAUCUAGAUUUCUUUUCGCUUCAUGGCAUUGCGGUGUCUUCCGAAAUACGACUUCUAAUGCUCCUUCCUCAAACACCUCUCGAGGUGAAUUACGAACCUUGCUAUUCAUUCGCCUUCAAGCGCUGAGUUCCGCGUCUUCACUUUUGCACAGUUGCCUUUUUCUCUUUUGUCUCUUUUGCGAUGGCCUUUGCAAUUGUUUUCUUACGGCUACCCUCGUUGCAGGGCACAGGGCAAGCGAUGGCGUUUUAGGGGAAUCUACCAAAGUACAGACCCAGACUGUUUACUGGUGGAUGGGGUGUCAUAUGCUCUUUCUUUCUUCUAGGAUAGGGCGGCGUGGAUUAGAUUGGAUGGUUCGGGAGAGACCUCGUCUACUUUCUUUUUCCUGGGAGUGGAUGGCUUGGAUUCUUCGUCCUUUUGGAUGAGAGAUCUUGCUAUGCUAGUUAGAGAAAAGUUCGUGAUGAGGUUAUUAUAUUAAAUGUGAAAC